AUGGCGUUCAGCGCGCAGCGAAAAGGCUUGGACCCUCCAACGCAGCGGUGGGCUACUGGGGCAACAGAACUCACCUUCAGUCUGCGUGGCGGAGCUUUCUCAGCCUCCACAAGAGCGCUAAAAGACUGGGUUGCCAGACGUAAAACAAAUUACCGAAUAAUCUCGCGGCCAGUGGUGCUCUUCAGCCAGCAUGGUCGAAUAUCAUCCGGCGAGUUAACAAGGAUGUGGCAUGAACAAGAAAGUGGUGAAACACAUCAACGAUGGGCUUAUGGGGAAAUGAUCUCGGCACGGGAGCCAACAAUUGGGCGAAGGGUUGUUCAGCUCUGGGAACUACAUGCCCUAUUAAUGCUCGGAUACGAUUAUACAUACCAUGUGCGACCCUAUCAAAUCUGUUAUAUCCCUAUCUUCUCAGCUGGGCCGGAGGUUAUCACCUCUGGCUGGGAUAUCCUCUUCGAAAAACCCUCGAACGUUCAAGCCUGGGUCAGGCUCGCUCGCAAAAAGUGGCACAACCCACACGGUGGCGGAGACUGUACCAUCACAACAGCUGAGUUUGACGCACUGCUCGGCCAUAGCGUGGCUGUCACAGACGCUCCAGCAUCAUGUUUCGCCGCAGAAAUAAUUGCUGCCUAUCCCGACGCCAAAGUCAUUCUUAACGUUCGAAGCGACCUGGAUAAAUGGCAUGCAAGCGCAGUCAAGAAUCUCUGUCACGCGGUAGACAACAACUGGCUUUUAUGGAUGUUUUCUUGGUUCAGCGGAGAGUUGUGGUGGGGUAUGCAUGUGUAUCAGCGUUUUCUUUUGAUGCGACUCUUCAGGUGCUCUGACUCUUCAUUGCAUUCGGGAUUGGGCAACUGCGGGAAGUGGAUAAAUCGAGAGCAUUCUGCGAUGAUCCGAGGCCUUGUUCCACCGGAACGGUUGCUGGAGUGGAAAGUUGAAGACGGUUGGGAGCCAUUAUGCAAAUUCUUAGGAAAGGAGGUUCCGCACGGCCAACCGUUUCCCAGAAGAAAUGACUCGUCAGAGUUUCAGAAGAAAGUUGAAAAUGGGCUCCAAAAACAUAAAGUGACGGUUUUAAAAAAUUUGCUUCUUACCUUUACUUGUUUGGUGGCCGUUCUAGCGUUUGUGUGGCAACUGGAUGCAUCAUUUCCUUAUCGAUUCGCUGUAAGCGGACCUCAAGAUUAUAUGCUGUAUCCUGGAUCAUUUCAUUGUACCCUGGAAGCACUCGGUGGGAAGCUUUAG